AGGGACUAAUGUUAUGGGUCCUUACAUAUUUAGGGACCAAACUUAUGGUUAAGUCAAUACAAUUUGCCAAGAGAGUGCUUGUGACUCUGUGGGAGCUUUACCAGAGGAAAGUGUGGUUUGAUGAAAAAACAGCAAAUGCAAUUUGCACCGCUAUGGGGAUCAAGACAGAAGCUUUAUCUUUUCUACUUGAGAACAAGAAGCAGAUUAUAGAAAUUGAUGAUUCAGACAGUGAUGAUGAACCAACAGAGUCACCUCAGGCUAUCAUCCUUGAUAAGUCGGAGAAACUAAGCUCAACCAAUUUCAUGUCAUGCGACGGCAAACUAAUGGUGGCGGAGGCUUUGGGUGGGAGGUCGGAGAAGCUAAACCUUCAAACACUCCAAUCCAAAGUUGAACGCGACCCAAUAGGCUACAUAUUGGAGGUUCUCCUUAUUCACUCUCAAUUCAAUUCCUCCCUCCAACUAUUUCAACAAGCGGCCAUGAACUUCAUUUCCGUCAACGGAAUCAUCGAUUCUGACCUAACAACUGUUGCUUCUGAUCCAACUGUCGCUGAAGACCUGGCUGAGAGGGCCAUGUUCCUCACACUUGUUGCCCCUUCCUACCCUACACUUUUCUUCCUCGCCGAUUUCCCUAUAAGACUUGUUUAUUUGCUCCAUAGUUUCGCACAGUUUAUUCCUUCCAUGUCUCGUUUCAAACUCGCACACGCUCUUAUUCUACUCGUUAAUAGACAGACUGUGGCUAUUGAUGAAACAUUGCCGUUGUUAAUGGAACUACAAACCUUAGGCGAUAAAAAGCUUACCAGAUUUGUAUCUCAGCACCUUGUUGUCAACAUAAGGCGCCUAAAAAGACCGGCUGUAAUCAAGACCCAAAAACUUCAGAGUGUCAUGUUUAAGAUGCUACAGGAAGAGAAUGAAGCAGUUGCCAAAAGAGUGCUUGUGAUUCUGUGGCGGCUUUACCAGAGGAAAGUGUGGUUUGAUGAAAAAACAGCAAAUGCUAUUUGCACAGCUUCUUUUCAUCCAGCAUUGAGGUGGUUGAAAAGGAUUGUGAUGAUUCAGACAGCGAUGAUGAGUUGCCUCAUUUGAAGGAAAACCACCGAGAUUUAACAAUGUAUCAGCUAAGGAAAUUAGGAAACAGACUGCCUUACAACAGGAAAAGUCUGCAAAAACCAUUAGCUGAAAGAAUCAACAACGAUUACUAUUCACCACUAAACCAUAUGAUAGAUAGACAGGGUUUUGCUGAGAAGCUGUUCUCCUGCCUUCAGACAUAUAAUGAAGAAUCUGAGGUGCAUUACUCAUUAUCAAAUAAGCAUUUCUAUGCAAUGUUAUAAAAAAAUACGUGCAAUUCCUUUUCAUAUCGGCUCAUGGGUAUUCAAGAUUACAUAUUCACUGGUUUAUGCAAUUACCAUGUGUAAAUUUUAGGUUAAGAUGAUGAUGCUGAAAUUUAUUGCUCGAAUAGUUGGUCGUCACAAGUUAGCGUUGUUGGAAUUUUACCCUUUUGUUCAGAAAUAUAUCCAUGUAUCUUAUUUGAUAUAUUACGUGGAAUUUGGUAUUCUAUAUAUAACUGAAGUAUGACCAUUGUGAUAUAUGCUAUCAGCCACAUCAACAAGACGUUGUAAAUUUGCUUGCGGCAGUAGUUGAAGCAUGUCAUGAUGAGGUAGAGUAUGUUUGUGAAUUUUUGCCAGAUCAAUUUUUAUAACUCAUAGCAUUUUCCUUCAAAUUUUGAUUCUUCAAUAUAUUAUAACAAAUAGUGCAUUCCAGCUCAAUCAAGCUUUUAUUUGAAUGUACGUUCCCCCUUAUGCUGUUAAGUCCUUGUUCAAACAAAUUGUAAAUCAGUUUGUACUUGCAUGCUCACAACCAGAGGUAAAUUUUGUUUGUCACCUGUCGCAUUAACAUUCGAUAUCAUAAUGAGAUUUCAUAAUUUAAUUCCAUGAUAGGAGCAUUCGACUUUAAUAGGUUGAUGAGUUUGAGUGAUAUUUUUAGGUCUUCACUGCUGGACUAAAUGCAGUCAGGGAGAUAUGCAUUCGCAUGCCAUUGGUAACUACUGCAAUCUCCUAUUCCUUCGAAAAUAUCUCCAUUUAAUGAUUUAUGUUUAGACAAAAUAUAUCAUGUGUCUCCUAUGAAGAUAAGCUUAACUAGUAGGAUCAAACAACAUCAUGUGUUUGUGUUCAAUUCCUAUUAGUGGUUCUUCAUUAGUAGGUAUGUGGGUCAUUUUUAGUACCUUAUCUAGGAGCAGUUAUAUGCAGUAAUGGAUCUCGAUCAUUGAUUUUAGACCGGAAAGUUCAAAUACCCAAUCAGUAUAUUAAUUUAAUAAAACCUUAACCAUUGAUUUGGUUCGAACAGUUGAGAGCUGCAACUGUGCAACUGCUCACACAGUUACAAUAGGCGAUCCAUCUACGUCUAGGAGGCUUGUGGAAUGGCCCAAUUUUGGAAUGACACCACCUCCCUUCCUCCUUAAAUUUUAUUUCCUUUCCUUGAUGCUAUUUGAUCGUUUGAUUUCGGAAUGUAGUUAAUGAAUGAAGACUUGCAUAGAGGACAGUUCACACCUCCGAUGGAGGAAUUCUCAGUAUUUCCCUUGACAAACUAGACAUAACUUUCAUCAAACAUCUCCUUGUAAAUUCUACGUUAUUCCUUUGGUUUCAUUGCACAUUGAUCUACAAAACAAUGUCGUGAAUCAAGGUUUGAAAUUUCGAAGUUGUUUAACAAGGAAACUUCAGGUCAUUGCCGAGAGAUUGAAUGUUAUUGACAGACUAGACAAGUGUUGAUUGAUGAAUGUUGAAGUUUCAGGUAUGAAUGUGUGCCAAUGUUUGAAGAUUUUGGAUUUGAGCUACUUGAGAUUUCAAGUGGCGAGUUAGGAUGCAAAUGGAAUAGUGUUGCAUCGACUUCAUUGAUCAACCUGAGUAUCAAAUGUAUCUCGUUUGAUCUUCAAAAAUGUACAUAACUUACGAUUAGAAUGUUUUUAUACUUCUUAUGCAUUUAUGAAUUA